UAUCACGUGACACGCGUCUAUGAUAUUCGUUACUGUUCACGACCCUUACGACUUUCGAGAUUUGUUCGGUGGUGUUCUUGCAAUCGUAACAAUCGAGGCGAACGGACGUAUACAAGUCUCCCCUUUCCAUUUGAUAAAGAGAUCUAUUAUACGAAUCUAUACGAAUCUUAUAAUUAUUACAAUAUGUUUUGGGCAUUGAUAUUAGAACCGUUCAAACGGUACACGCAGAAAAUAAAACACACAUUCCACAUAACUAUGGCAUCUUUGGAUACAUCAUUAGCCGCUAAUAAUGAAGCAAUACAGAUAAUGGUACAUAAUAACAAAAAAAACUUUCUGCUUUGCACUUUAAUAAAGGGCAAAGUAAACCAAGUACCGCUUGAUUUAAAAUUCGAAAAAGGAACUGAAAUAACCCUUUUCUCCAAUGGUCAAGGUUAUGUACAUCUAACUGGAUAUGUAGAAAUAGAGUCUUUUGACAUUUCUAACAAUAAGACGAAUGAUUCAGAAGAGCAAAAAAAAGUAAAUGAACAAGCACAAAAAAAACUUGAAGACAAUAAAAAAGAUCCAAAGUCGAAUGGAGCACCCCAGAAAGCAAAGCUAAGCAAAACUAAGCAAGAAUCUCUUAAUGAUUGCAAUAAUCAAGAUGAUGAUGAAUCUUCAGAAGAAGAUUCGGAUAACAUUGAAUAUGAAGGAGACAGUGAUGAUUCUGAUGAUUAUUAUGUUGAUGAGGAUGAAGAAGAUGAUGAUGAUAAUAAGGAGAAGGAGGAGGAGGAGGAGGAGGAGGAGGAAGAAGAAGAGGAGGAGGAAGAAGAGGAGGAAGAAGAAGAGGAAGAGAAACAAGACCAAAAACGUGAACAAAACAAGCUAGCAAAGGGAACAGGAAAAAAACUAGAGAAUCAACAGCAAAAAAAGAAACAUGAUAAGCAAAAUAAAACCAAUGGAGAGGCAAUUAAACAAGAACAGCAAAAUAUGAAACGAAAAAGGAAAUUGGAGAAUCAAGCGCAGAACAGUCCAAGUGAAGCAAAAAAGAGAAUUAUUGAGGGUGGUGUAAUAGUGGAAGAUAUAAAAGUUGGUAGUGGUCGACCUAUAGUAAGUGGCGACAUUGUUGCAGUUUAUUAUGUAGGUCGCUGUAAAGUUGGAAAUCGAGAUAAGAAAGUUGAGGUGUGCAUGAAAGGAAAGGGUCAUAAAUUCCGCCUCGGCAGAGGACAAGUAUUAAAAGGAUGGGAUGUAGGACUUGUUGGAAUGAGACUUGGUGGAAAGCGUCGUCUCACAGUACCUUCUGAUAUGGGGUACGGAUCUAGAGGCUUUCCUCCUACAAUUCCUCCUUUCAGCACACUUACAUACGAAAUCGAACUGAAAAGCAUUGAUCUUAAGUAAAAAUAUUAAGUAUCAUAAAUCUAAACAUUUCUUACAGAUUCAAGAUUUUUUAAUUUGGCUUGUAUUUUUCGAUUUAAAAAAAUAUUCAUAAUUUUUCGCGCAUAUAUACAUUUCAAAUUAUUUUUAUUCGGAACAACUCGAUAAAUACCUCUUAUAAAAAAAAUGAAUGAGACAAAAAAGGAAUGAUGUACGAAUAAGGCUAAGAAAGAAUUGAUGUAUAAAACGAUUUAUAUCUGUAAUGAGCAGAGUUCGAAUCUCGGUGCCGUUUUCCUCACUCCAUACUGGCGGUCGAGCGCCGCGAAAAACAGUACCAUCUAUGCCGGUCUAGUGAUGGUAGCAAAGAGUAUCGUCGCAUAGAAAAAAAAUAUAAUUUAUAUUAUUUUAUAUAUUAUAUAUAAUAUUAAACAUUCUAUAUUAAUAUAUAUAUUACAUAUAUAAUAUAUAUUUUAUAUAUUUAUAUAUAUUUAUUUAAUAUAUAUAUAUACAUACAUUUUUUUUAUGCGAUGGUACCCUCUUUGCUACCAUCACUAGACCGGCGUAGACGGUACCGCUUUUAGCGGUGUUCGGCAGCUAGUAUGUACUUGAAGUGAGGAAAAAUGGCACAAAGAUCCGAGCUCUGAUAAUGAGAUUCAAAUUUUAUUUUAAACGAAACUGCGAAUUGACUGUAAUUUUUGUAAUUUAGAAUUUUUUUGAAACAAGACAUUACAUGAAUUGAAUGAUGCGAAUUAAAUUUAUAUAAUUUUUUUUAAAUGAGACAUUGUAUAAAUUGAAUAAUGUGAAUUUUUUUAUCAUAUGUGAUUGGAAUUUUUCAAGUUCUUGAGUAUCUACAUUUAUUUAAUAUGAAGCAUGAGCAAAAAACUUUGUAAAAAAAACUUUAUUUUGUAAUAACAUCGUAAUAUACAUUCCUCGAUUUCCAAUUAUGCGUUAAUGUACUUUUUCAUGUAGUUUAAAUAAAAUAUAAGUUUGGCAUUGUAUAAUCUAUUGUACUGGAAAUAAUUAUAUUAAACUAAACUUUGAAAUCG